AUGGAAUCUGCAUUCAAGGCCUCAGUGCCACAGGCCUCUGACGCAAACAAUUCAAUCGUCAUCCAGCAGUUUGCGAGGUAUCCGCCUGCCUUUGAUACCCCAUUGCGCAGUGGCUCCCCAGGAAGUACAAGAAGCAGGCUUGCUGCUUCCCAAUCUCCGCCAUUACGACGUAAAGAGACUCCACGCAGCUUACAGUCGUCGCCCAGAGGUCCAUUAUCCGGCGGAGCGAUGCCACCAUCAGCACUACGCACAGGCAUGUCCAUGUCCCCUCCAAUGACCGACUUGGACUCUCGCCAAACCUUUCCGAGAGACUCCGAGGGGGAGGAUGCCGAGCAUCGCGUUCUACCUUCCCCGGAGGUCACGGAUGAAACGAUCGAUGACGCCUAUGUAGCAUUUAUAAUGUAUUGCAACCCAAAUGUGCCGGCCUCUGCGGAUUCCAGCGACUUGCGAAAGACUUUUCGCGCGCCCCCUCGCAGUGAUGGGAAGAACUUUAGCAUAUACGUUCUGUGGGAACUUAUUCGAAAGCUAGACCACAAGGAACUCAAAACCUGGAUCCAAUUAGCCAUUGAGCUGGGGGUUGAACCUCCAUCAAUUGAGAAGAAGCAAAGUACCCAAAAAGUGCAGCAGUAUGCUGUCCGAUUAAAGCGUUGGAUGCGUGCUAUGCACGUGGAUGCAUUUUUUGAAUAUCUCCUCGGACAUGAUCACGUCUACUAUAAACAGCUCCCUCUAUCGCAUGCUCCCGCUAGCGAGGACCGUGAUGGGGUUCCCUUGGAAGAAGAUCUAGCGUUGAGGGCAUUAGUGCCAGAAUGGAAACCAAAGAGAGGCAGAAAACGGGCUGAGGACAAGGACAAAGAAGACUCUCGCUUUCCAAAGCGGCCUCAACUGGACACAUCAAUGGCAAUCCUCGACAAUAAUGCAUUGGCUGCUCAUGCGGCAAAUUUCCCCCAAAGCGCCAUCCCUUUCAGUGCCUUCCCAGACGACAUGGAUGCGCCAACUGACCCAUGGGUUGCUGCUGCAUCAACCUUUGGUGCUGAUCAGAAUCCUGACGCCAUUUCUGGUCAGGAUCUACGGUGGCGACCUUUUGAAGGAGACGGGUCUCCUCCGGGAUUUCCCCGAUCAGCAUAUAUACCCAGAAACCACCAAAACGAACAGCCUUCAGUAGUCGAACCUCGUUCCGCCCUAACACCAUCUACCGGGGAAAAGUCACGCAGUCGAAGACGGCACGGUCCUGCUGUUUCUUCUGCAUGGCCGAAUACUUCGGGAUCGAUGACGGGUAAGAUACGCGGACGCCCGCCAAACCGUGGCUCUGCUCCCGGCGGUCCGUUUUCAUCCUUUCCAGUCAACCCAGUGCGCUCGAAUACCCCAGGUGAUGUUGCGAAUAUGCAAUCUUCACCCGCAGUUGGGUUGGAACAGGUGCCACUUGCACCACCACGCAACACGACAUCAAAUUCUGCUGGUCAACUGAAUACCAAACCCGAUAAAUUGCAGUUGCAUGUUCCGCAAAUCGAUGGCCGUCCUGUUCGAUUAGCUACUCCACCAACUGUAAUGCUCAAUGGCUCAAAUGAGGUUUCCAAUAACUUCAACCCGUUUCCAGGACGUCGUGACUCUGUUGCUACAUCUAACGAUCUUGACGACGUGGCAUCUGUACCAUCUGUGGCAACGGAGCGAGCAACGCAAGCCGGAAAAGUUUCUAUCCACGAUGUUACUCGUGCUGUCGCCCAGAAGAUUCUGCGUUCAAGAUUGAUCGGUCGACCUACGCCCAUGGACACAGAGGAAGCUCGUUCUCUAGCACAUGCAGCAGUUCACAGACUUGGAAAUAUAUAUGCCAUGCUACCGGUUGAUUCGGUUGCCAUGUUCUGUGCCUUAUAUUUCGGCGUCGCUCAAAAGUUGGGCAUAGCUCGGGCAUCUCCAGCAACACUCACUGUUCAAGUCUCACCAUCAGCCGCGAACGGUACUGAUUCCUUUGUAGUCUAUUCUAUCUUCAUAGAAGACGACCAGCCGGGACAGGGCUUUAGAUUCAACACCACUCUGAGUGGUCUUACGUUAUCUUCCAGUCGUACAGACAACACAUUCAGAAACAAUCUGGAAUCAACCGGACUUCAAACAGAUGAAGACGAAUUUGAAAACGACGACUUUGCUGGCGGGAGUUCAACGGAUGAAGGUAGCUGGAAACAGCGAUACAUGCGUCUACGGCAGCAGAUGCGUCGCAAAGAAGCUGCUGUACGUGAAUAUAAGAAGAAUAUUUUGCAAUCUGUCAUGGCAGAUCUCUAG